UUUGUAGUACUCUUUAUUUACGGAAAAGUCCAAAAACAAACAAAAGAAAUCCAAAUUAGUCCUUUCCUCGUUUCAAGCCUUCUUCGUAACUAUCGCCCGCCUUCGAUGCUCUCGAUGCUCCCAAACUUCACCAAAUAACCGUCUUUCUUCUUCUCCUCCGCUCCCAAACCCUCGCCCUUCUCUCCUCCUCGAUCCCCAUCAAUGGCGGCAUCACUCCAGCUCGGCACCGCCUUCGUCCCCACCUCCACCUCCUACCUUCGCCGCCGCUCCCCCUCCGUUGCCACUCCCCCUCGCCGUGCCUCCCCCCGUGUCUCCGCUAAGAUCCGUGAGAUCUUCAUGCCGGCUCUCAGCUCUACCAUGACUGAAGGAAAGAUCGUGUCUUGGGUCAAGGCCGAGGGUGACCAGCUCUCCAAAGGCGACAGUGUUGUCGUUGUUGAGUCUGAUAAGGCUGACAUGGAUGUGGAGACCUUCUAUGAUGGAUACCUCGCUGCCAUCAUUGUUGAUGAGGGUUCCUCCGCUCCGGUUGGGUCCGCCAUCGCAUUGCUUGCUGAGACGGUUGAGGAGAUCGCUCUUGCUAAGUCUCAGGCUUCGUCUUCAUCGCCUUCUGCUCCGGCUCCGGCCUCUCCCCCUCCUCCUCCUCCUGAAGCUGUUCCGGAAACCCUAGCUUCGCCUCCGCCACCGAAAUCAGCUCCGGUUUCGGCUUCUUCUACGCAUCCGGCAUCGGAAAGUGGCCAGCGGAUUGUGGCAACGCCUUAUGCGAGGAAACUCGCCAAGGAUCUAAAGGUGGAGCUUGGAUCGGUGGUUGGGACUGGGCCAAUGGGACGGGUUGUCGCCAAGGACGUCGAAGCUGCUGCUGCUGCUUCUCCGGUUUUGAGCACUCCGGUGAAAUCCGUCUCUGAUUCAGCUCCUGUGAAGACUCCGGCUAUUGAAUUGGGGAGUGUUGUGCCAUUCACUACAAUGCAGAAGGCAGUGAGCCGGAACAUGGUUGAAACCCUCUCCGUUCCAACAUUCCGGGUUGGGUACACCAUCACCACUGAUGCACUUGAUAAUCUUUACAAGAAAAUAAAAUCAAAAGGAGUGACUAUGACUGCAUUGUUAGCAAAGGCCACAGCCAUGGCUUUGACAAAGCACCCUGUGGUCAAUUCAUGCUGUAGAGAUGGUAAGAGCUUCACUUAUAAUAGCAGCAUAAACAUUGCUGUUGCAGUUGCCAUGGAUGGAGGAUUGAUCACUCCAGUCCUUCAGGAUGCUGACAAGUUGGAUAUUUACUCAUUGUCGAGGAAAUGGAAGGAGUUGGUUGAUAAGGCUCGGGCUAAGCAAUUGCAAACUCAUGAGUACAGCUUGGGCACGUUUACUCUAUCAAACCUUGGGAUGUUUGGUGUUGACCGGUUCGAUGCAAUUUUGCCUACUGGAACUGGAGCAAUCAUGGCCGUCGGUGCAUCCCAACCAACUGUUGUUGCCACCAAGGAUGGUCGGAUUGGUAUGAAGAAUCAGAUGCAGGUGAAUAUCACUGCUGAUCAUCGUGUUAUUUACGGAGCUGAUCUUGCAGCCUUCUUGCAAACCCUUGCAAAAAUCAUUGAGGAUCCCAAAGAUCUAACUUUCUAAUUGCUUCUACAACACCAGUAAUUCUUCAAACUCUUAAUCUGCCUGCCUUCAUGAGAUUUUGAUGUUGUUGUGCCUAAAGAAAUUAGGUUUUUUUCAGUAGAAAAUUUGUGUUUGUUGUAACUCCAGUUAGUCACCUGUUUCAUGUCAGGCUUAACAACUUGUAGGAUAUGCAGGCUCUGUUGUUUUCUCUUCCUGUUUUAUCUCUUCUCUGAUUCUUUGUUUUGGAGAAUGUUUUUGUUGUGGCCUUCUUCUGCCAAUAAAUUUGAACAAGAGAACCUUGUUAAUUAUAAAUUAAAGGAUUGAUUUUUUAUUUUA